CUGUGGCGGAGCUGGGAGCGGCCCGGAGCCGCCGCGGGGUGCGGAGGAGGAGGCACCGUGCGGGGACCACGUCCGGCUGCGGGGGUGCCCCGGUGAGCGGGCCCGGGGGUGCCGGUGGGGCCGGCGUCUGCAGGGCCGUGUAGGGCCGGAGGAUGUCCCGGGUGCCGGUGGGGAAGGUGCUGUUGAGGAACGUCAUCCGGCACACGGGCGCGCACAACAAGAUUCAGGAAGAGACAGAAAUGUGGAAAAUAAGGGAGUGGGAAAAGCAAACCGAAGAGACCUACUGGAAAAGGCAGAGCAGAAUGCUGUCAGACACCUCCAGCAGCCGGAUGCGCAGUGAUGGCUUUGAUGAGGAGGGCCACAGGCCUGACUGGAAAGGAAAGAACUCACAAUUUCUGGACCUAGUUGAAGAUGAUCUCCUUAGGGCCCGAUCCUGGAAUAAAAAGCUGUAUGAAUGUGAAGCCAACAUGCCAGACAGAUGGGGUCACAGUGGCUAUAAAGAGUUAUAUCCUGAAGAAUUUGAUACAGAUAGUGACCAGCGAGAAGGAGAUGCCCAAAGUGCUGUCAAUGGGAAGAAGAAAUCUCAUCUAGAAAAGCAAACUGCUCGGGAAUCGCACAAACGGAAGAAAACAAAGAAAUCACACAAGAAGAAGCAAAAAAAGCGAUUGCACAAAAAGCGAAAGAAAAAGAAAAAGGAGCAGGGGAGAACAUCAUCAGAUUCUUCCCAGGAGAGUGAGUGCUCAGAAGAGGAGACUUCAAGCACUCGAAAAGGGAAACACAAGCGCAAGAAAAAGACCAGGAAAGUGCCUGCCAGGGAACCUACCUCCUCUUCUGGGCAGGAAAGUGACUUUUCUCAUGCAAGCAGCUCAACCACCAGCAGCUCUGAGGACAGUGAAUCUGAGGAGAAAAAAGAGAAACGGCCCCAAAAAAAGAGAAAGAAACGUCACAAUUCUGUGUCAGAGAGGCACAGUGAAGUACCGGAGAAGAGGAGCAAGAGGAAGAACUGGAAAGUGGCUGCUGAUGAAAAAUCAGAGGAUAGCUCGGAUGAGGACUGAUGAGUCUAGGCUGCAGAUCAACCAGUAAGGUAGAGGACAGAGGCAGGUAUUUGUCUUUCAGCACUGCCCCAUGGUACAAGUCGUUACAACACUGUGGUUUAUAUACAUCCUGCCAGCCCACGGGGGAGAAAUGAGCCUUGGCAGCCUGCAGUAGGUGCCCCCUUGCUUUUCAUUGACUUGACAUUCAGAAACCCAGGGGAGCAGUUGUGUGCCUCACAUACUGGCUAGUCCUGAUAACUUUGGAUUUAUUUUGUGUGACCUCUGAUGCAAGAAAAUGUUACAGGCUGUCUGCAGGGGAAACUGGCACGUUUGCACCAAGGUCUUUUUGUGUUUUGUUUUUCUCCUAAGUUUUAACAGGUUGUUUUUUUGGGUUACCAAAUCAAUGACCAAGACUUGCCAUAGGAGAAGGGGAGAGACAAAAAGUCUGGUAACAGAGGAAAUGUCACUGGGUUUAACCCUACAGUAGCUUUGUUUUCCCAUCCUCUAACAAAAGCAGACCUUUAUGUUGGCAUGUACAUGGUCGGGUGGGUACAGAAGUGACAUCCCAACUGAAGGUGCAGUGACUCCUUCCAUAAUGAUAAAGAAUACACCAGUGCAUUUGUGUGUGUUAGACUACUCUCCAAAUCCUGGCAUGGGCUGGCCGUUGCAUUCCACCUUCCCUUCAUUCUCUCUGGGGGGAUGCUGAAACUAUUUGUGCUGACAGAGGAGCCUUGGUGAGUGUUGUGUUCUGUUUCUGGUCUGCCUAAUGUAUUACUGGAGAAAUCGGUACUGGGCCGUUCUCCCUGCAGCUGAACAGCCAAGCCUUUUGACACAAAAAUAAAGAAAUCUAGACACGUUU